UAAUCUAAUUUUUUAUUUAACAGAUUUAAUAUUUCUAAUAUUUAGUAUAAUGAUCCAGAGUUAUGACCCAAUAAUACAAUCCUUGUUUGCAUCUUUGUUCACAUGGGGAGUGACAGCUUUGGGCGCAGCAUUGGUUUUUGUACUUCCAUCGGACAGAAGACGUGGCACAACUAUUUUGGACGUUAGCCUUGGUUUUGCUGGGGGAGUUAUGACGGCCGCUUCUUUUUGGUCGUUAUUAGCCCCUGCUAUAGAGAUCUCUGAAGCUCAACUUGGUGCUUUAGCUUUCAUACCGGUGUCGGUUGGUUUUGCAUUUGGUGCAAUUUUUGUCUUUUUCUCUGACAAAAUGAUUCCAAGUUGUGUUGGUGCUGAACUUUCAAUAAUUGAAGUCCUUUCAUCAAAUAAAGAAGUUAUUCCUCCCGGUGCAAACUCAAAUAAUCAAACAGAAGUUCUUUUAAAUUCUGGUCAUGGGAUUACAUCUAAUGAAGGCGGAGAAUCUUCUUUCGAUCCACGGUUAUUAUUUUAACAUUUUUCUUUCUCUUUCCAUUUUAAUGAUCUAAAACUCGGGUGUGAUUUCUACAAUUUACUUUGGUUACUUUGGAAAU